AUGAGCGGACCGAAUAAUGUGAACAACGAUUAUGUCAGACCUUUUACUAACGUCUGUCAAUCAUCUGACCCAGGGGACUUUAAUUUUAAUACCGCCAAUCCUCCAAUUCACCAAUAUCAUACUCAAAAUUUCCCUCCUCCUGUCACAUUUUCUCUCUCCGAUAAUGCUGAUGUAAUGUCAAUGAAUACUAUGAAUACUAUAGACUACAGAAAUACCGGAGAUUAUAUGAGCGAUUAUGCAUCAUAUCAAGGCAAUCCAUCUGAUUCUUAUUAUACACAUUCGGGCAACAUUGACAUGAUGAAUGGACAGUUGAAUAUACCGAAUCACGAUCAAGCUGAAACCCACGCAAACAGCUCUUGUCCGCUCCCAGUACCUUUUCAAACAGUCUGUGACACUUAUUCCGAUACCAUGAACGACGGUCCGACAGAUAAUUUUCAACGUCUCGGUAUUAAUAUGACCAAUAAUUCAUCUAUUUCAUACAUUCUUACGCACGAGCCCACAAACUCCGGAUAUGUUUUCAUGAAAGUAGAGUAUACUCAAUUAGGCAGGAUAUCAGCUGCUGAUAUUGACAAAAUAUUAGCACUAACUCAAAUGUGA